AUGUCAAAAAAGAGAAAAUUGUCGCCGAAUGAUCGCCUCGAACUCAUCCCACCGGGUGCCUAUCCGGAUCUUGAUGCAAUCAUUACUGAUAUAACAGAAGUAAAGCACUGGCAAAGUCAUCUGGAAUUCAAGAAAGUAAUCCAAGAAGAACAAUGGAAUGGGCAAAUUGUCUGCUCUGGCCCCUGCUCAUCAGACAACGCGCCCAUUCUAGCUUGGUACCCAGAAUCGAAAAGCCUCAAGCUUUAUAAUGUCGUUCGACAUAUAAACUCAUGUCAUAAUCCGGAACGAAGGGAUGAGCGACGGAGAGUAACUCCAGGACAGCUUGGAAUCGCUAACUUUGUGAAGCGACCUAAACUUCACGACAAAUCGGAGAAGAUCGAAGCUGCGAAGCAUUUCGCUAAAGUCGGAGCGAAAUGUCAAGUUCCAAUCAAAUUCUUGGAGAGUGAAUCACUAAAGGAACUUCUCCAAUUCUAUUAUGAGAAGGGAUCUGAAGCGGGCGCCACCUCUAAAGAAUCAUUCAAUAGCCUCGUACCGUCUGCUUACUACGCGAAAAAGGAAUACGAAAAAUCAUCAGAGGAAAUGGAACAGUUUCUUCGUGAACACAUCCCAGAGCUCCUGGAAACAAAUCAUGUUUCCGCUGAAACUGAUGAUAAACAUCUCGGACAAAAAACCUCAGAUUUCGAGGAUAAAGCGCAUGGAACAUUGUUGUCGGCGACAGAUCCAGACACUCGGAAGCGAAAGAGCUACCUAGUUGGAUAUGAUCCAACAGAGAGUCAGAGUUCCGAUGUCUUGAUCGACAUGACAACCGAAGCUCUUCUGAAGAUUGGUGUUCCUGAGCACAAAGUGUCCCUGAUUCCGUUCGUAGCGGAUGCUGCCGAAGAUUGUGUCGUUUCUACUAUCUCACAUCUUGGAGUUAUUUGCUACGCUCACACAUUCAACAGAGCUGGACAACAACUUCAAGAAUAUAGCGAAGAGUUCUUUGGAAUGGAACCGACAACUCACGAGUCCUUCGCUAAUUUUCUGCUUUUUCAAAAGAAAAGGCUGACUCCGGAAGCAGCACGACGAUUGAAGCUUUCUCCGGAAGCUCCCAGAUCCUUGAGAGAUUUCUUUUGGAAGGAAACGAUGACCGACUCUGAUAAGAAAAAAUGGCGCGAGCUCGAUCCAAAGUCCAAUCGAGAGACCUUUCCACUUAUACCGAGCACAAACGGAAUAAGAUGGAAUUUGCUGAGCGAGCAGUACAAAGUCGUCUAUUUUUGGAAAGAAAAACUUAUCGAACUCUCGAAACCCGACCACAAAUUCCACUACCUUCUCGACGGCUGUGAGCUGCCAUCCUGGGGUUAUGUUGAAAGCUUCGCGAGAGUUGCAACGCUUCUUCUUGAGUUCAUUCGCGCCUGUGAAUCUACAAGCGCAGCACUCCCUGAUGGAUUUCCACUUCUUGAGCGGCUCAUGAUUAAACUCUCCACCAUGACAGAAGGAAUUACAGACGCUGACACAAAGGCUCAUAUGGCAAAACUUUCCAAGGCGGCAUUCAGCAAAAUAUCGAACAUGUUCUUCGAAUCAUUCGUCAAAAACGGGGAGAAGUUCUCUCGCAAUGAUCCUUGUCGAUCAACUGAAGCGAAUCUUGUUGCAAAUUUACUUUAUCCUCCAUGCAAAAAGGUUCGCUUCUCGAAUCUUGUAAACCAUUUGCUGUCCUCUCAAGAUGUCUUCUACAAAGAGAACGGAAAAAAUAUUGCAAAAGCCGUUCUCAAAUGGGAAAGACACGCUGUCAGUGCCUGCGAAGAACUUUACAAACUCAUGGAGCCUGAUGACUCGCAAAAUGAACCUCUCCUUCGAGAUAGUCAGCGAGCAAACCAUGUCGAUGACUUUGACAUCGUUGAAGAAGCGAAUGAACUUGAUAUCACUCAAGGUAUCGAAAAAGAAAUCAAAAAAUACCAAACAACCGUCUCUCGCGAUGAUUUUUAUCGCCCUUCUGAAGGAAAAGUCACAGAAGAACACAUGCAUUUUGCCUCGAUCUCAAUGAGAAAUUUUUGGACCGAUCCAGGAAUCAUCUCACGAUUUCCUCGGCUUGCCAAAGUGGCAACAAAAGUUCUGUCGUGCCCACUCUCCUCAAGUGAGAUUGAGAGAGAGUUUUCGUCUCUCUCAGGAUACACUGCGAAUCCAAAAAGAAAUCGAAUCAAAAUCGUCACGACGAAAAAACUCAGACAAUAUGUCACUGCCGCCGAGUUUAAAAAGGUCUGCUUGAAGAUUCUUCAAACAAAUGCCAAGAACACGAAUGUCGAAGAUCAGGUGCUUUGA